AGACAGGGAACGUUGUAUAUAAUGAAACCCGGCUUAAAAUAUAAUCUUCAUUUUCCUUUCCAUAACUUGGACAAUUUCGAAAUCUAAUUGUAUUUGACAGCCGUUGGUUUUCGUGUGUGACAGUUUGACAUUCAUGAUAUAUUGAUCUGUCCACGGAUGAAGUCAGGCAGACUGUCACAGGCCAACAUCACCGUGGCAGCUGGUGCACCACUGUUUGUUAGACUCUCGAAAAAGUACCUUUUUUCUAGAGAAAGACAGUCAUAAUUGAAAGCAAAGAGGAAGCCUUCGAUUUCUCCUUCUCUUUCACGCAGCAGCCAAAUGCCAAACUGUUUUCUCUCGAGAUACAGUAUUGCACUGUUGGAGACGUCAAGGUAAAAAACGCAUGGUGGAGGUGAUAUCUAUCACAUUAGCACGUCAGAAGCCAUUACUCUCUAAACCACGGCUUCUCGAUGGCAUUUGAGUUAUCAAGUUGAAGUUAAAAGAAAAGUACAAAUGUAAAGGAGAGUCCUUCUUCAAUUCGAGCAAUCAAGUACUUGGAAAUAUAGUUAGCAAGCCAAAGGGGAAAUUCACCACCGUGUUUACAUCAAGUGUUGGAAAGCUCUUGGAUUGUUUGAGAGAAAAAGGAAACAGCCAAAAAGCUGAGUAUACACUCAUUCUCAUAGCUAUCACUGAGAAAGGGGGAAACAAAGAGAGAUAGAUUUACAACGGUCGGAUUUUGUCAAAUAUAAAACGACGUUCAAUGAUCACUUCCUGAACCGUAGACGUAACUUCCAGACAACGGUGCGCUACUGAAAAAGAAUCCAGACUCCCACUCAUUGCCAAACGUAUCAACUUCAACAAUCAAAGAAAAUCACUAUUUCCUUACAAGAAGUCUUUGUUUCAGGGUGUGAUUCGCUUUUUAAACAAGCGAAAAAAGGGUUAAAGGUUUUGUGUUUCGCACACCUCUCAGUUGGGGGGUCUACUUAUCACAUCCCUGCGACAAAACAAAGUAAAAUACAAUACUGAGAUUGAAGGAGCAUUUUGCGUGGAUAAGCCCGUAAGCACGGCAGACGCACGUUAUCAAAAGAUUUGAGCUUCCUUUGACAAAAAUAAAAUCUUAAGUACUAUCACCAUCAGUUGUACUGAUGUGCUGAUUGCAACAUUAGCAAAAUACCAGAGGCGAUUCGGAUUGGAUGAGGUCACGCCUAGAAGUUUAAUGCACUCAACCAUUGAUUAGAACUUUUGCGGUUAUCAAUUGAGGUGGAAUACGAUAAAAAAAAGCCGCACAACGUCUCACCGGUAUGAAUAGUACAAACGACUCUAUGGUUUUUCCACCAGAAAAUGGAUUUUCUCCCACCCUCGUGUAUAUCCUAGCGAUCCUACAAAUCAUCAUUAUUAUCGCAGCAGUCGCCGGGAAUCUUCUCGUAUGCGCGGCUAUAUGCCUGACCGAAAGCUUGAGGAACACGGCAGCUAACUACUUUAUCUUCUCUUUAGCCGUGUCUGAUUUACUAACUGCUGUAUUCUCGAUGACUUUUGAUGUCGAGCAGAUCCUGUUAAAAUGGUACUGGGGCCAUGGCUCAGCCAUCUGUAGCCUCUGGACCACUGCCUAUCUUAUCAUGGUUCCAACCUCGAUUUUGAGUCUACUGGCCGUAAGUUAUGAUCGAUAUAAAGCGAUCUGUGAUCCCCUGGAUAAGUUCAGAGAGACGAGGUUUAUGACACGUAAGCGAGCCGCGCUUAUAGUGUCUUGCCUUUGGAUAUACUCCUUCGUGUUUGCACUCUUACCAACAAUGGGCUGGAGACUAAGAUCCGAUGUCAUCAAUAAAAACCAGUGUAUUUUCAACACGACUGUGGAAUACUCCCUGUUGAACUCAACUUUGAAUUUUUACGUGCCCCUCUUUAUAAUGUGCGUAAUCUAUUUCAGAAUUUACAAAAUUGCCAGCGCUAUGAAUCAGAUGUUUGAGAAAAAGGCAAGUAUUUCGAAUGGAAACACGAAAAACAAGACAACCAACACUAGAAAACACUCGGGCGGAAAGAACAUGAGCCGAACAUCUUCCAAUGAUGGUAAAAGAAAGCUUCUUAGCGAUCGAGAGGUCUCUGUGAAUGCUUGUCACAUGAAGUCCAUUAAAAGACAACGGAAAAAACUCAAGAGGAAUAUCAAGACUGCUAAGAGCAUACUACUCAUCGUCUGCACGUUUUUCUUCUGCUGGAUUCCUUACACCACGAUAAGCGUAAUAGGGAUGCUCUGCUGGCCUUGCUAUUUCUACAUCCCUCAGGAGAUCUAUUCUAUUACCCUCGUCAUGGGCUAUCUAAACUCUGCUCUUAAUCCUCCACUUUACUCGUUUCAUAAUCCGAAAUUUCGCGAGGCGUUUCGGAGGAUUUUUAGGAUGAAGAAGAAGGUUGGGUCACCUCAGCGGGGUUCGACUAGUCACUCGCCUACCAACGCGACGAGAAAGAUUAGUGUAUACACAGGCCGCAAGAACUCGUCUAUUCCGACCGAUGAGAAGACUAAUGUAUCCUGAUACUAUGAGUUUUAUUAAGAGAAACCUAUGUAUUGUGGACAGUGCAUAGUCUUUUGUACUUAAGACGCGAAAAGUCACUCGCCUACCAACGCGACGAGAAAGAUUAGUGUAUACACAGGCCGCAAGAACUCGUCUAUUCCGACCGAUGAGAAGACUAAUGUAUCCUGAUACUAUGAGUUUUAUUAAGAGAAAUCUAUGUAUUGUGGACAGUGCAUAGUCUGUUGUACUUAAGACGCGAAAAGUCACUCGUCUACCAACGCGACGAGAAAGAUUAGUGUAUACACAGGCCGCAAGAACUCGUCUAUUCCGACCGAUGAGAAGACUAAUGUAUCCUGAUACUAUGAGUUUUAUUAAGAGAAACCUAUGUAUUGUGGACAGUGCAUAGUCUUUUGUACUUAAGACGCGAAAAGUCACUCGCCUACCAACGCGACGAGAAAGAUUAGUGUAUACACAGGCCGCAAGAACUCGUCUAUUCCGACCGAUGAGAAGACUAAUGUAUCCUGAUACUAUGAGUUUUAUUAAGAGAAAUCUAUGUAUUGUGGACAGUGCAUAGUCUGUUGUACUUAAGACGCGAAAAGUCACUCGUCUACCAACGCGACGAGAAAGAUUAGUGUAUACACAGGCCGCAAGAACUCGUCUAUUCCGACCGAUGAGAAGACUAAUGUAUCCUGAUACGAUGAGUUUUAUUAAGAAAAACCUAUGUAUUGUGGACAGUGCAUAGUCUGUUGUACUUAAGACGCGAAAAGUCACUCGUCUACCAACGCGACGAGAAAGAUUAGUGUAUACACAGGCCGCAAGAACUCGUCUAUUCCGACCGAUGAGAAGACUAAUGUAUCCUGAUACGAUGAGUUGUUUUAAGAGAAACCUAUAUAUUGCGGACAGUGCCGUCUGUUGCGCUGGGGUAUCGACCAGUCACUUGUCUACCAUUGCGCCAAAAAUGAUUGGUGUGUACACAGGCCGCAAGAUUCCCAUCUAUGAGCAGACUAAUAUAUCCUGGUAGGAUGAUUUAUGCAAAUUUAAACCUAUGUAUUGCGGACAUUGAAGUCUGUCGUACUGGCAGAUCGAUAGAAACCCAUGAGAGAAAACUAUUUAUUCCGGAUAAGUCCCUCGAGUAUUGACGCAACAAAUUAUUCGCCAACGCACCUAGUUUUAGUGAGUAGCGUGUGUGUGCCUACGCACUUUUUAAUUCCUUGCUCACUUUUUUUAAAAUUGACGUAUUCGUAAUACCUGACGCACUUUGUAAUACUUGACGCAUUUUGUAAUACUUGACGCACUUUGUAAUACCUGACGCACUUUGUAAUACUAACGCAUUAUAAUAAACUUGACGCACUUUGUAAUCAACUAGAAUUUCCGCGUUUAGCAAAGCUUAGUGUGAAAGGUGUUAAGUUAUUAUUCCAAAGUGCGUUGGUGCAUUCACGCUACCCACGAAACCUAGCUGCGUUGACGAACAACAAGUUACUAUAAAAGAAUAAAACUGCAUAUAAUGAAGAAAAAUGUUAUACAUACAAGUCGCUAGCGCAGAUUAAAAGCAUAGUUCAAUCACGCAAAAUUCCAACCUGGUUAUUCCUUAAAAAAACGUAAGGCUAGUGUCCUAACUGAUGCAAGGAGAAAGAAUUGUCCCUACGAUAUAAUACAUAAAAGCGCAAGGCUAGCGCAUAUUCUGAGCGAUGAUUCGCGAUUAACUUGCGACGACGAGGACGAACACGGCCAUCUUGAAGGAACUCUACCUGAUUCUGCAAGAGAUUUUACUACACUGUUACUAUACAUGAAAGUGAAUUUAUUCCGAGCUAUGAUUGCUCUUGCACGCGAGCACUAGGUGAGAACGACCAUUAAUCGUCAUCCUAAAGGGACUUCCUUCUUCAGUGAAGAGUCCAUUCGAUUUCAUCAUUGAAAUCUUUGUCACAGAUGUUCGAUGUAACAUUUAAAGCCCAUGUAGCCUUUCACUAAUAGCAGAGAUAAGCUAUCAAAUUCGGAAAACUUAAUUGAAUUAAAUGAAAUUUGAAUUUUCUACAGCACUUUAAAAAAUAUGGGGAUUGAAUCGAGGGUAUCGUCUUGUUUUGGCGGGAAAUCUAAAACUCGUUGAGAUUCUGAGACAGUAAUUCCACAAAAUAUUGAUAAAGGGUCUUUUAUUGCAAUACUGCUACCUACAAAACCCUUCAAUAUUGCAUAUUUUAUUUACUCGAGCGAACACGCGUCUUUUGCCAUAUGUGAACCGAAUAUCAUUUGAUAGAAGUAAACGAAUCGACUAAAUUGAAAAAUUCUGAAAGGUUAUACAGACUUUAAGAAAUGCAUUCCGAUUUUGGUUUCCAUGUAGAUACAAUUGAAACACCUUAAUUAGCAACAAAGACACCCUUGGGGCCUUCAAAACUGCCCUUAGUUACGGGGUUUUAUAUUAAGUAGAUCACUUAGGUUUUAAAAGGUUUUUAAAAAAAAACUUUACUAUCCUUAAUACUGAGGUGGUGUUUGAAGUAUUUGCCCAUAGAAGGGGUUUUGCUGUAGCGAAGCUUGUAUAUCGGCUCAAGCAAAUUACAAGGACUGUUUUAUCAGUCAACCAUUUGCCUCCAGCGCAAAGCCAGGAUUUGCUAAGGGAGGGGGGAGGGGCGCUGGGUCGCAACUAUGGUUGUCGUAUCAUAAUAUCUGACCCACUUUUUUGUCCCUGUCAAAAAUGUAUAAAUGGUAGAUAGCUUUGCAUUUGUAAUACUAGAUUGUAAUACUAGAGACAUUAGCAUAGAACGCUUAAAUAGUUCGAGCAACAGGCAAGCAAAGAAAUAUGCUUGAAUAAACAUAACAGCACUACAA